AUGGCCAAGAACGAUGUUGUGAUUCAGAGCCAAGCGGCAUCCUUGAGGAACUUAGAAAUUCAAAUGGGGAAACUAGCUAAUGUGCUAAGGAAUAGACCACAAGGCACCUUGCCUAGUGAUACUGAAAAUCCAAGGAGAGAUGGUAAAGAGAAAUGCAAGGCGAUCACUUUGAGGAAUGGUAAAAAUUUGGAAUUGACUGAGGAGAAUUGUAAGAGAAACAGCGAGCCCACUUCAAUCCAAAGUAGUGUGGACAAGGGAGACAAAACUGUGAAUUCAAAGAAUUCAAAUGCUGAUCCUGAAGCAAUUGCUGCAGCAAUUCCUCAGCAAAAUGCAACAGAGAAGCCAAUGAGCAAGCCACCUCCACCAUUUUCUCAACGUUUUCAAAAGCAGCAACAAGAUGGUCAGUUCCGAAAUUUUUUGGAUGUUUUGAAGCAACUCCACAUCAACAUACCGUUGGUGGAAACUUUGGAACAAAUGCCUAAUUAUGUGAAGUUCUUGAAGGAUAUUUUGACAAAGAAGAGGAGGGUUGGUGAAUUUGAAAUGGUUGCUUUGACUGAAGGUUGUAGUGCUAUAUUGAAGAAUAAAAUUCCUCCAAAGUUGAAGGAUCCGGGCAGUUUCACAAUUCCAAUUUCUAUUGGGGGACGAGAACUUGAUAAAGCUCUUUGUGAUUUGGGAGCUAGUAUUAAUUUUAUGCCCAUGUCCACUUUUAAGAAGUUGGGAAUUGGAGAAGCAAGGCCAACUACACUCACCUUGCAAUUGGCUGACCGUUCUAUGGUGCAUCCGGAGGGAAAGAUUGAAGACGUUCUAGUACAAGUUGACAAGUUCAUUUUUCCAGCGGAUUUCAUUAUUCUUGACUAUGAGGAAGAUAGGGAUGUACCGAUCAUUUUGGGGAGACCAUUUCUUGCCACUGGGAGGACGUUGAUAGAUGUUGAAAAAGGAGAUUUCACCAUUCGAGCUCAAGACGAACAAGUCACAUUCAAGAUUUUUAAUCCUAUACGCUCUCCUAAUGAAGUUGAAGCUUGUUUGGCCAUAAGUGUUUCUAACUUCAAGUUGAUUGAAAGAUGCAUGGAAAGUAUAGCAAUGGAGUCAAGAAAAAGGCCCCUUUUGAAGAAAUUGAGAAAGGUGGGGAGCCAUGGAUAA